GAGACUCGGCAAUGCCACACAGACCUGCCUGGACUUGUGUUCUACAAGCACAUGAACUGGGGUAUAAAACAGGCAGAGCAGAUACUGGGGCCCUUCUCCUGCCCCCACCUCUGCUGCAAGCAACCAAGACACUGGGAGGAAGACAAGACUCUAACACAGGAGAUCGGCCGAGGUUUAAGGAACAAACCUGUAUAAAGGACUGCAAUAUCCAGUGGGACACUAGCCUGUGGCACGGAGAAGAGAGAUGAUGGAGGAUGAAAUAUGGAAAUGGUGGGAGGAGGAACCGAAGUAUGAAGAUGGCAUCAAAUGGACAUCCCUGAGACACAAUGGUCCAGCAUUUCCUCCCCCCUACGAACGACUGCCCGACAAUAUCAAGUUUUAUUACAAUGAGGAGACUGUGACACUCAAUUCGGAAGCAGAAGAGGUUGCCAGCUUUUAUGCCAAAAUGCUGGACCAUGCGCUGACCAAAGAUGAGACCUUUUGCAAAAACUUCUUCACUGACUGGAAGGACACUAUGUCACCGGAGGUGAAGGAGGUCAUUACUGCUUUGGAUCAAUGUGAUUUUAGAGAGAUGGCUGCCUACUACAAAAGAAAGAAAACCAAUGAAAAAGUACAACAGGAAUUUGGCUAUUUUUUCUUGGAUGGCCACAAACAGAGAAUUGGGAACUAUAACAUCAGCCCCCCUAGCUUGUUUGUUGGAAGGAACUCACCCAACCGGGGAAAGCUGAAGAAGAAGAUCCUGCCAGAAGAUGUCACCAUCAACUGCAGCGAGAAAGAGACUCCUGAGCUCCCGCCAGGACACCGCUGGGGACAAGUUCAGCAUAACCCUGCAGUUAUUUGGCUGGCCUCUUGGAAAGAGAGCCCCCCGGGAAAAGUCAAAUACAUGAUGCCACAUGCCAGCUCUAAACUGAUGGGAGAAAAGGACUGGAAGAAGUAUGAAGUUGUCCGAAGCCUGAAGCACCACAGAGACCAGAUUCAGGAGCAGUACCGCAAGGACUGGGAUUCUGAGGACAAGUCGCUGCGGCAGCGGGGGGUUGUGCUUUACUUAAUUGACAAGUUUGGAUUCAGAGUAGGUAAUAAAACUAAAGAAGGGAUGACGGCCAAUACUUUUGGGUGCUGCUCCUUCAGAGUGAAGCAUGUGACACUACCUGAAGACCAGAAAGGAGAAACAAAAAAGGUUGAGUUUAAUUUCAUGGGUAAAAGUUCCGUCCUAUACAAAAAAACAGUGCCAGUGGAAGAGAAGGUGUUUAGGAAUCUCCAGCAGUUUAAGGAGGAGAAAGGGGAGAGAGGUGAAGCGGAUCUAUUUGAUCAAGUGAAUUUCCAGGUGCUGAAUAUGUAUCUUAAAGGUUUAAAGAAGGGCUUGACAACAAAGGUCUUUCGAACACUCAAUGCCUGCAUAACAAUGGAACAGCAACUGAAAAAUCUCACUGAUCAUCACAUCAAGAACAAGGUCUCGUUCUUCAACGAAGCCAACAGAAAAGUCGCAGAACUCCUCAACCACCAGCGGACAAAAACGGAACUGCGUUGCUUUGAGCUACAAGAUCAAAUUGAGGCCAGCAGAGAUGAACUUUCUAUGUUAAAGAUAAAGCUAGAGCGAGCCACGCAAGACAGCAAUACAGAAGAGCUCAGGAAUGAUGUGAAGAGAAAAGACGAACUGAGGAAAUUGGAUGUGAAGAGCAGGAUGGAGGAAAACAAGCAGCUAAACUUGAACAGCUCCAAACUGUACUAUAUAGACCCAAGGAUCAUUGUGGCAUGGUGUAUAAAAUGGGGAGUUCCAGUGGAGGAAAUCUACACCGAAGCCCAACGUGAUAAAUUUGCCUGGGCCAUUCACAUGAACAAUGAGAACUUUGAAUUCUAGUCUCCUGUUUCAUGGUGCUCUCCAGCCGAGUACAGUGCCCAGUGGCCGGUGUGAGCAUUUGGAGAUGGAAAUGAAGAUCAAGAGAAACCAUGUGGGAGCCGAUUCUACGGGCACUGUUUAAAUGAUCAAGCCAUGCCAAGAAAGCUCCAUGGGGCUAAGGCCGCUUAAUUUGAAUCCUGCUUUACAAAGGUAGCCCAGUGCACUGGAGAUGAUUCUUACUAGGCAACUGUUUCCAAACAUGAAUGAAGUGAUCACUUGCUGUUUGGCUUUAGUUGGAAAUUACUCAGGGGUUUGUGUGGUGUUGACAGACCAGCUCUGUAAUGCUGAUAGGCCAGCUCAGGUCAGAGUCUCAGAACAAUUUACUUGGGUGCGAAUCUCCAAGUGUUAAAUGUGCCAAUUCACAUGUCUGUUAAAUGGUAAUGUUAUUGUCUUCAUUUAUCUAUAACCGGUUGAAUUAUAUAUAUAUCAUAUCCUAUACUUAAUUAACCCCCUAGAUCAAAGGUUUCAGAGUAGCAGCCGUGUUAGUCUGUAUCCGCAAAAAGAACAGGAGGACUUGUGGCACCUUAGAGACUAACAAAUUUAUUAGAGCAUAAGCUUUCGUGGACUACAGCCCACUUCUUCGGAUGCAUCCCUGAGAGACUUGCGGAAAUCAGCAGACAUCACAUCAUUGCUAUCACUUGAAACUACAAACUAGGACUCACCUGUAAUGUAUUUUACCUGCUUUAUGCUCUCAAUAACUCUCAUUUCUUUUUCUUAGCUAAUAAAUCUUUAGCUAGUUUACUA